AUGGCGAGCAUUAUUUCAACGCCAAGUACGGUAUCUGUUCAGAUUACGAGCUCAAUGACUUCUUUUACAUCUGAGAAGAGGCUGCAACGGGGCGAUGCUAUCUCUACUUUGAAGGUAAAGAAAGGAAACUUGUGAUCAUAAACUUAAGUUUAAUUUUUUUUCUUGUAGGGAAUUUUCUCAUAGACAUAAUUUAUUACAGUAUUGGUCUUGCAUUUCUUUUAAACAAGAUAAUCUGAACUGUCAGAUUGAUCAAGUGAACUGCUUCAAUUGUCAAAGGGGUAUAAUACCAUAUAUAUCUCAAUUUAGGAAGAAUGGAACUAAUCUGCAUGUCAUUCAUGCAUAAUCAAUCAUACAGUCUGACACAAACCCACUCAAAAAGGUCAUCAGUCCCUUUGUAGACUCAGCGGGAGUCACCUAUGUUUACUUCAAAAUCAAAUAUGAACUUAUAAAACCAUUGUGUGAUCGUGUUAGAAACUUGCUAAAAACUAUGUUAUCUAAUACUUCGGAAAACCGCUGAAGGUAAUGACUACACUAAUAACAGCAAAGGGCGACAUUAUUUCCCACUGAGCAUUAGAUAAUAUUUUACCAGUUAUUGCAACACGAUUGCAUGACGGUUUAAAUUUCCAACCGUGCACCCAUCUUUCUCUGAUUUGACCUUUUCAGCUUGGAUGGUCCUGGAAGGAAGGUGGGGUCCCCUUCUUAGUGAACUUUGCACCCCUAUGAGCACCCCUUCAUCAAUCUGCCCCUGUCUUCCACAGCGUCAUUCCAGGUUAAUUCUACAGUGUAGAAGUUCUGGCUAUAAUUAAGCAGCAUAUCCUUUGGCCAGUCUUGAGCUUGAGCCAUCACAGACCUUGUCUUCAUAUUGUCUCAAACCUUUACUUAUUUGAGGGUUAGCCUCCUUCCUAGAUAUUCCUUUGGCUCACCAAGCAAUAAUUUAUGUGGCAAGUCUAAGGAAUGUCUGUGAGUAUCAUAUUUCCUUCAAUAAUAGCCAGGGGUGAUUAUUUUUUUCGCACCUAAAGGGGGCAAUUUUUUUGAGAGAGGUGAUUAUUUCAAAUAUUGCUCAAUGGAAGUCAUGCCCUAAAUAUUAGUGCUAUUUACUGAUUCACCUCCAGCUCAAACCUCCAGCUCAAGCGAGCGAUGCCAAACUCGCGUAAGUUUCAAGCAAAAUGGUUUCCUGGUUUACUGCUGUAACAAACAAAGAAAUUUCACUAAUAAUCCAGCAAGCUGUUCCCGAAAUACAUGAAGAAGGUGACAAAAUUUGGUUUGGAAGCUUUAGCUUUGUUUGUUUUACUUGAAUAUAUCGAUGAAACCGGUGAAAAAGUUUUUAGUUUACAAAUGUAAAUUAAGUGUUGUAUUACUUUAUUUAGCUGACAUGUUCAUAAUAAAGCUUAAAACUAAAUUUAAUAGUUUUUUACAGAAUGGGUUCAAGUACAAAAAGAAUUCAUAACUCCUUUUGAAGAAAUUCCCGAACAAUAGGUAAACAAAUUGCCUUCAAAAGUUUUAUUUGUUGGGACGAAAAUCAUAAGGGCCGUUCGGUCAUUUGCAUGCCAAAAUUGUGAUAGUUGGUAGCAGUAAAUGAGUGAAACACCAUCCUUUUUGUGUUUAGUUAUAUCACUGUUUUAUUAUACCGGUAUAUUAAAACAAUUAUUCACCUCAUUGUUGGUGGCUAGCAGUGGAUGUAAUAUUUACCUUGCCACUUUGCGGCUCGGUAAAUGCCACCACUAGCCACCUCCACUUCAGUAAAUAAUAAUCUAGCAUAAUAUUAUCCAAUUAAAUAAAAAAUGAUCAUACAAAAUAAACUGAACAUGCUCCAAAGUUGGUUCCUUGAUUUAUUUUUAAUGUCAUUAUCCUUGGCAUCGGAGCUUGAAUUUGUCACUGAUCAGUUUUCCUAGAUCAGACUCCACUUCGUCUUGACAGGGAGGGGAUAAAAGAAAGAGAAGAUGGCAAGAGGGGUGUAGGGGCGAUUAUUUUAAAUAUUUUCGUCUAAGAGGGGCGAUUAUUUGAAGGAAGCGUUUAAUUGAGGGAUGGCUAUUAUUUGAGGGAAUUCGGUAAGUAACUUUUAAGUAACCUAAAUGUAGACUUAGCUCAUUAGAAUUGCUGCUAUUUUGCCGGUUUUGUCACAAACAUAAAUGUAAUGCUUUUAAGAUAAAUAAAGUAGGUAUAACAUUAUAAGAUUUACUUCUUUAGGGCAAACUGGAGUUAAUAACAGGAUGCUCAGCUGUGACAAUGGAAGUUCAGUUACUAGACAAAGAAGGAAAGCUUUUAUGUGUCCUUAACAACGAUGAUGCAUUACUGGGUGCUUACCCAGUAGAUGACAACAUGAGACUACAUGUAUGUUUUAUUUCUUGGUUAUUCACUAGAGGUACAACGUGAUGUUACAUAAUAAUAUUAUUCUACUACAUUGCAUAUCAUCAAUGUAAAAAUUAGCAGGCAAGGAUCCACACCAAUUUCAAUCAUUUUACGAAAAUGGGUCAAAUCUUUCAUAAAUUAAAAUAUUUUAAUAAAUAUAUAUUUUAAAGAAAAAAAAUUUCCAAGUUAAAAUCAGGCCAAUAUCCUGUCUGAAUGGCACCGAAAUCCAGGGAAGGUGAAUUUGGGAAUUUAAAUCCAAAAAUGUUCUGGGGGUGGGGGGUGCAUGUCCCUGGUCCCCCCUAGAAGCUUGCACCUUCGGUGUUCGUUUAGGAAAUCAGGCAGUAUUUAUUCUCUUUAUCCGCACCAGACUAGUUAAAAUCCCAUGAUACACACUUGGCCCCUUACAUUGUGGCAAUGAUAUAAUUUGUUUUACAUGAUUGAUCUAGGAGUAUUAACAACAAAGUUAAUGUUUAAUGAGGUGCCAGUCUAUUGCAGAGGAACGUUUAGUAUUAUUUUGAUGCCUAUAUAACAUCCAUUGAGCAACAGACUGUAUGGCAGUUUUAAUGUGUCUGGCCUAGGUGGUAUCAAAAUUGACUGUCAGGCUUUCAUGAUUUCAUAGUGAAUCAAUAAGCAUGACAUCAGGGACAAGAUCACAUGUCCAGUUGGAAUGACACUGUUUUUCACUUUGCAUCUAAUAUAAAGGUUGUCGACAAAGAUCCUACAAAAAAGGUAGGACAAUUUGAAGACUUAUCAGCCGUGGAAAAAUAUGAGAUGGACACAGAAGAAUAUGCAAAGAGAACUGGUUAGUGAUUGAUAUUAAUGUUUACUCCCAGAUACACCCAGAUUUAUCACUUGUAAUAGUUUAAAUCAUUGUUUACUUUUGAAAGUUUAAUACAUUAUUCACAUUGCACAAACAUUUUAUAUGUGAGGCCUUAAAUCAGGGUAUGCUUUGGCUUUGUCAGUCACUUCUGAGAUUGCCUGUUGCCUGGUACGUAAACAGAGUUGUCAUUAAGAUUUCAAGUUGCUGGGUAAAUACAACAAGUAGGCAGUUUUUGGGGCUGUGUCGCCUGUCACUUCUACCCCUUGGAAGGCCUUAUUUAUGGUGCAAAAAUCUUCUUCUAUAGAUUCAGUGAGGGCCUUCAAAGAAAGAAAUAAGCUUGGCCAAUUUAAGGAGAAAACUCCAGAGGAAAUACAAAAAGAGAAGGAGAAAGCACAACAAGAGGAAGAAGCUGCGAAAGCAAUCACUGUAGGUUCUCGAUGCGAGGUCAAAGUUGCUAGUGCACCUCCCAGGAGGGGCGAGGUUAUGUUUGUAGGUAUGUAA